AUGGCGGACAACUGUUUCUCCUAUGAUGUCUCGCGGCCCAGUCGCAAACGAGCUGCCGCUGGCGAGUCGGCGUCCCAGCCGAUAGUGCUCAUCGACAGCGACGAGGAGGAAGCCGCGGGGGAAGCAUUCACCGUACCAGCACCUAAGCGGCACAGGGUCGAGCAAUCACUUCCCGAGUUCAUCCCUCUAGACAUUUCCGACGACGAGAAUAUCUUUCACGGAGCAUCCAAUCUACACAGAGGUCGAGAUCUCGAUGCGCAAAGUGCCCCAAAUGCAUCCAAACACAAGCGCCCGCAUCCCAGAGGUGACCAGCACAACAGCAGCCGCAAUGCUCCUCUCAACCCCUCAAUGGAUGAGAGAAUCGACAAGAUGAUCACAGAGUGGACGCGGGACAUGUCUGCGGGUGCAAAGAAAUACUACGUUGCCCUCAAGGCCCGACAGCCUGGCAUAUUCACAACGUGGCCCGAAUGCGAGGCCCAAGUCAAGGGGAUAGCGGGAUGGAACGGCAAGACUAUGUAUCGGACCUGUUCCAGCUUGCAAGAAGCCCGAAACUUUGCACGCGAGAACCUCCCAAACGUGCUCCAAGAGCAAGACAGCCGACAAGAACGCGUAAACGACCAAUACAAUCGACCAGAGCGGGACACAGUCCGGUCUUUCAGAGCUGAAAUUUCGGUAUCAAAUCAGCCGAGCGAGAUCUCGAAUGGUCAGAACCGCUUGAAGCAAGGCCACAGCCAUAGGAACGGCCACGACUUGACGCAAAGUGGUAUUGCAGAUAGCAGGCCAGCAAUCUCGAGAGGUGGACUGUCUGCACCACAACAAAGCAUCUCGGUCAAGGUCGACAGCGGCGAGCUAGGAGAUGCAGACGGGAAUGUCGAGUUUGACGUGGCAGAUGACGAGCCCGAGCUUUGCAAAGAGCAGCAAGAAGCGGUGAACCAUGCUCUCAGCGGCCGCAACGUCUUCAUGACGGGCUCGGGAGGCUGCGGAAAGAGUGUCGUCGUUCGCCACCUUCUCAAAAAGUUCCGAGCCGAGGACAAGAAUGUCUCCAUCGUCGCGCCCACUGGUAUCGCCGCAUUCCAAGUUUCCGGGUCUACAACCUGUACAUUCAUGGGUUGGACGCAGGAUACCUGCCGGGAACCUUUUGAGCAGGUGCGCAAAAACCUGUGGAAGAAGAAAACGGCAAAGCGCCUAAAGAGCACCGACGUGCUCAUCAUUGACGAGAUCAGCAUGGUCAGCAACUUUCACUUUGAACGAAUGAGCCGUGCUUUUACAGAGAUCAAGGGCUACCGCAAUCAAGAAAAUCUGGAGCCGUUUGGAGGAUGCCAGGUCAUUGCUGUCGGCGACUUUUGUCAGCUGCCGCCUAUCAAUGGUCUGGAGUUUUGCAAUGAUUGCGGCAUGAAGAUGACCAAGUCCACUGGCAGAAGUACCACUUAUACUUGUCCCGAGUGUCCACGACCCAUUGCAUAUACUGAGCAGGACAAAUGGGCUUUCAAGAGUGAGGCGUGGGCAGAUUGCAACUUCGCCAACGUUCACCUAACAAAGAUUCACCGCCAGAGCGACGAGAAAUUUGUUCAGAUGCUUCAAAAGGGCCGUCUUGGCCGGAAGCUUGUGCAAGCCGAGAUUGACCUGCUCAUGAACCACCCAUGCAAUGUCGAGAAUGGCGUCUGGCUGUCCUCGAGGAGGAAGGAAGUGACUGAUCGUAAUGAAUCAGAAUUCGCAAAGAUCAAUUCUGAGCAGUUUGACUACUGGUGCAUUGAUAAGUUUGACUGCGCACACGACGAUCUUAGAGGUACCGUCAACCCAGUAUAUUGGGGCAAACCACCCAUGGAGAGACGACCUCUGGAUAAACUGUCAGAGCAUCGCUACAGUAACUGUCUGUCUCUCAAAGUCGGCAUGCCCGUCAUCCUGCUCAAGAAUGUCGACGUACAAGCGGGUCUAUGCAACGGCAGCCAGGGUAUUGUUGUCGGCUUCGAAGAUUACCAGAAAGCUGCACCACCGACGCCGCCCAACGAUAGCAACUACGAAGGCGACGAGGAGGGCUACAGGCGCGCCCACCGAAGAUGGUCUGAAACCACGAAUUUUAUGAAGCAUCCGGGACUGGACAAACAGGUACUGCCGGUCGUCCAAUUCCACAACGGGAUGCGUUGCAUGAUUCAGCCCGAUUGCACCAUAUCCCAACUAAGCGCGGCUGAGGGUCGAUACAGUUUACUACUUCGUACCCAAAUUCCGCUUGCCCAGGGCUGGGCUCUCACGAUCCAUAAGAGCCAAGGAAUGACUCUGGAGCGCCUUGUCGUAAAUUUAGCCAGUGUAUUUGAACACGGCCAGGCCUAUGUCGCUCUUUCUCGAGCCACGGCACUCGAGGGUCUCAAGAUCGAGGGUGGUCCCUCAGCAACAAAUGCUCUUCGAAACAAGCUGGGUCCGCCACAAGAGGUCAUGGAGUUUCUUCAUGAAAAGUUCCCCCACAUGUUUCAGAGCUGA